AUGUAUCAAACCCAACUCUCCUAUGGUAUUUGGAAGUGUCCUGCCAUGUUGACACACUCAAGGGCUAUACUCUUCCAAUAUAAGGUUACCCAUGAGGAGCGAGAACUUGGUUAUUGCACCAAGGUUCCUCGCAAUGUAAAUAUGGAGAAAUUGCGAAAUGGGUAUUUAUUUCCAGAGGUUGCAAUUGAAGUUUCAUCUUUUUCCAAAUUCGCGGGAUUCACCGGAGUUCGUCUUGGUUGGACAGUGGUUCCUAAGGAGCUGCAAUAUGCAAAUAGGUUUCCUGUCAUUAAAGAUUAUAAUCGUAUUGUUUGCACAUGCUUUAAUGGUGCAUCAAAUAUUGUUCAAGCUGGUGGGCUAGCAUGCCUUUCACAGGAAGGCUAUGAGGCCUUGUGUAAUGUGAUGGACAACUACAGAGAGAAUGCAAAAAUCUUGAUUGAUACAUUCAUUUCACUUGGGUUGAAGGCAUAUGGUGGCAAAAAUGCUCCUUAUGUUUGGGUUAAUUUCCCAGGGUCAAGUUCUUGGGAUGUGUUCACUGAGAUACUUGAGAAAACACACAUAGUUACUGUUCCAGGCACUGGAUUUGGUCCUGGUGGUGAAGGAUAUUUUAGAGUAAGUGCAUUUGGUCAAAGAGAACAUAUUCUUGAAGCCUCAAGGAGGCUCAGAACUCUCUUUAAAUGA